AUGGUCAAGGUGGCGCUCCGCGCCAAGGGCCUCGCCUGGACGGCGCUGCCGGCCAAGCCCUGCGCUGGCGGCGGGGACGCGGCCGCUGCCGCGGGGUUCGGCGGCCGCGCGCCCCUGGGCAAGAUCCCGGCGCUGCUGAUAGUGGAGCCACGGGCGGGGGCGGACUCACAGGAUGCAGAGGCGGUGCUGUAUGAGUCGGAGGUUAUCAACGAAUGGCUGGACGAGGCCUUCCCCCAGCCCCCCCUGAUGCCGCACCACCCCCUGCAGCGCGCCAAGGUGCGCCUGGUGUCGCGCUUCCACGACCUGUACCUGGAGCCGGCCCUGCGCAGACUCUACCCCCUGGUGCGCCCCAGCCCCGACGCAGCGGCGGUGUCGGCCGCCGCCGCCGAGUUCUACUCCCGGCUGGCCCAGCUAGAGGAAAUCUUGGUGCGGGGCGGGGACGGCGCUGAGUCAUGCGCCGCUGAUGACCUCCCAAACGGCAGCGGUGGCGCCGGCGCCGGCGGCGCGGACGGAGCAGGACCGGCGGGGGCCACAAGGCACGGCGGCGGGUACGCUGUGGGCGGCACGCUGACACUCGCAGACUGCGGCUACCCUGCGCUGCUGCAUUACGCGGACAUCAUCUUCCCUGAGAUUGGGCUGGGCCCGGUGGACUACGCGCGGACGCCGCGCGUGGCGGCGUGGCGGGGAGUGCUACUGGGCGACCCACAUGUUCAGGAGGUUCUGGGGGAACUGGCGCCGGCGGCGCAGGAGUGGGUGGACUCGAAGAUGGGGCGGCUGUGA